GCUAGAUAUUAACCACUACACAAUUUAUGCAUACGAACGGCGACGACGAGCGACCCGCCCUUGGGUUUGACGAUAGUUCUGACGAAGAGGCGUACAAUGAGGCAAAGCUGCUGUCUCAGCGCCGCGGCCAGAAGACUAGGGAAGAGCAGAUGCUUGGCGUUUGGGCUGAAGGUGCUGCCGAUUCUGACCAAGCAAUGCACCGCAUCUCCCACAUCAACCCUCUAAAACCAGUUGGGUUCGUACCUGGUGGAAGCACUGAAGACAUGGAUGUAGUCGACCCGUUAGAAGAUGCACCUGGUGUAGAAAAGCAGUCUACUACCACGGAAACAAGGCACACAAGACCAUCACCCACGAAAGGAAAGGACACAGCAGACACCACAGACGAUUCCUCGAGCGAGUCAAGUAGCAGGGAUUCAUCCAGCGAUUCAUCCAGCGACCCUGAAUCGAGCGACGAAGAGGAGGUGGCCAAGAAGCCGGUGCGCGCCGCGCCGAGCAAGGAUUUUGGCAAGUUUGCCAAUUCCACAGUCUGGUCAAUGAUGGAAAAGAUGGGCUACAAGCACGGCGAGGGCCUGGGAAAGCACGGCGAGGGCCGCAUCGAGCCUGUCGAAGUGACAUUGCGGCGGGCUGGCGAGGGAAUCUCGUACAGUGGCAGCGAAAGGCCACAGAGCGAGAAACCUAGACACAAGCCGCAGGCUAAAGGCCGGGGCUCGAGGCCGCAGAGUGGAACGUCAACGCCACGUGCUGACGGACACAGGGUGGGUCCACGCAAGAAGACACAGUACAAGACCUUGGAUGAGCUGCAAGCGACGACCGAGCAGACAUUCAGAGAUAUCUUUGUUGAUAUGACGACGAACACAGAGGUUGGAUCGAUGGCUGAACUGGCAGCAAAGAGGCCCGAUGUCAAGGCAAAGGAUAAGCUGGCAAAUGAAGUGCGGCUAGGGCUCGAUCUGGCGCUGAGCCGGCAGGAUUCGCUGGUGCGCGAAAAGGAGAUUGAGAGGAGGCGGCUGGCAGGACUGCAGCAGGAGAUGCAGGCAUUGACUUUAGGCACUGCUCAGCGGAAGGCAAGAAUCGACCAUCUGCGGGCAAUGAAGGAGGGAGUCGCAAGCGUGCUCAGCGUGUCUAGCGAGACAAGUGUCGAGUCGGCAGAGUUGGCAGCGGAUGAUCUAGCGGAACUAUUUAUGGCGCACGAGCGUAUAUAUGAGACGGCCAGGCAUGCGCAAGAGACCAGCGGGUUCGACGUGUGGACAGAGCUGUCGCUGGAGAAGAUUGUGACCAGCACACUCUAUAGCCACUAUACCCGGAUAUUCCGAGCCUGGGAGCCGACUGGCCAUCCAGAGCUGAUUGCCCGCAUAGUCAGCCCGAUACUAAGAUACACAUCGGUUAAUGAGGCUGAUUCGCUGGCUGAGGAGAUGACACCGGUCGAGUCGCUGCUUAACCGGACGGCAGUGCCGCGUCUAAGGCAGUUUUUGCACAGCCAGUGGGACCCGCUGACCGACGAUCUGGUACAAAUCCUUGAUGGGCUGCCACCAGUACUUGUGCAAGUUGUUGCUGACGACAUUUCUACGGUUCUACAGCAGUUUGUCGACAAUAUCAGCCCUCGGCUGAUCAUGGAGCGGUAUCGACAGAUGCAGGAUAAGCCUUCUGACGACCGAGCUGCAGCACUCGCCGACCUACGCAUUGACCGCAUUUUGCUCCCUUGGCUGCCAUUGAUUCAUGACCACGACGCUCUGCUGACAGCCAUCCGCAGCAAGCUGUGCACAGCCUUGGACAAGUGGACACCAUCCAAGGAGAACAAUAGUGAUAUCAUGGCGCUAGUGUCGCCGUGGAUGGAGGUUUUCGAUGGCAAAGAUUUGCGCAGGCUAAGCACAAAGGUGUCAUCACGGCUCGAGGACAUGCUGCGUGCAGAGUUCCGGUUUGAUGCGCAGAGGCAGGUCGUCUGGCCAUUCAAGGUUGUGCUAAAGUGGCAUUCGCUCUUGCCGUUUGCACCGUGGUUUGCAGUGGUGCGCAGAGGUGUUCUCAAUGGCUUUAUAGACUACUUGCGUAGGUGGUUGUCAGAUCCAGGAGCCAAUUACGCCGAGAUCGCCGACUGGUACUGGGCCUGGAAGAGCCUGUACCCGCAGGAGAUCUUUGAGCGGAGUGAGGUACAGCAAGAGUUCCGCAAGCCGCUGGUGUAUAUGUCUUACGCAAUGUCAUUACGGGGGUCAACACAAGAAUAAAUCACGGCUCUAUGCCUCCAUCAGGCUUCUUUGUGUGCUUCUCCAGCUCCUCCAGCUCAGGGUCUGUAAUGAGACGCUGCACGCUGCCAAGUCUCUUUGCCAGCGCGUCGGCGUGGCGUCUGCACUGUCUGAUCGGUAGACCCAUUUCGCGCGAAAUGCCCACCCAGUCAUUGCGGUACCGGGUGAUGGCCGAUACCAGCUUAUCCAUGGUCUCUGAUGACAUUCGGCCGCCUGCGCC